AUGUUGCUGGUGUCAUAUUUGCUGUCCAGUUUGGUACGUAUAGUUUUCAAAUUUUGGCAUGGUGAUAUAACAGGUCGUCAGUUUUUAAAAUUAAUAUCAACACAUGCUGUAUCUGUAGGCUUGGGAUUUACUGGUGGUGCUAUUACAGAUUUUUCUGCGACCGGUUGUGCCUCUUUACUAGAUUUAGCACUUGGACCAGCAGAGAUACUAGUUUUCCUUGACACCGGUGUCAGUGGUUUGAUAUGUGGCGAUGGCACAAAUCUUCUUUUUAGAUACUUGACAGAAAAAUUCUUUUCCAAUGGCGCAGAUGAAGAAAUAAAUACUCAACGAAAACUUUAUUGUUAA